AUGAGGUUGCAGCCUGAGCAAAAUCCCAGACGCCACGCGGUACCGCUGACAGCGCCAUCAAGUCCUUGGAUGAUGGAGACUUCAAAUCCACCGCUAUCAGCUCAGCCAAGAGGUUCAAAAACAGGCAAUCAUACUCAGGCUUUGAAAGAUGCUGCAUCAGUACGCCUAAGCCAGCAGAGGCGACCCCGUACAAGCACUGAGAAGGUCAGAACAGGAUGCAUCACCUGUAAGCGUCGCCACAUCAAAUGCGACGAAGCAAAGCCGCAGUGCAGCAACUGUCUUAGGAGCAGGAGGCAUUGCGAAGGGUACGCCGGCGGGGAGAAUAAGAAGACAAAACCUCCUGGCCCUAUGCAGAUCGUCUGGAAUUCGACGCAGAUCGUUCCUGCGGCAGGGCGAACAGUACCGCUAUAUAUCCAACCAAAAUCUCCCCAUUUCCACGGGGAUGCGGAUAUGCGUUACUUCGGCGAGUUCAUUGCCAUGAUCCAGGCGCCGUGGGCUACUGCAGCACCCAAUGGUGAUUUAUGGACAUCGGCUAUGCCUCAACUUGCACAUGACACGCCAACCCUUCGCCAUGCUGCCAUGGCUAUAGGUGCCUUGAGUAAAUGGAUCAGUGAGACAAAGUCUGGACUGCUCCGUGCCGUGACAGCACCCAGUACUCCAUCAACAGAAGCAGACACGCAUUAUUUCCACGCCGUUGCCUAUUACUGCCGCGCAUUGAAGCUACAGAACCAGCAAGCUUGUUUGCAAGACGCUGUGUUCCUGUCGGUUUUGCUACUUUUCUUCGAAGUUCUCCGGGGCAAUCGAAAGACCGCUUUAGAUCACAUCAACCACGGUCUGGCUCUGCUACUGAUCCUCACGACUGAUAACGAUGCACCCAAUCAUGUGGCGAAGUUUGCGCCGAAUCCAAUACCUGUGAUCAGCUCAGUAGCAGACGUAUUCACAUAUCUCGCACCCCAAGCUCGCCUAAUCCUCCGCGGUAAGCUCGGGCAAAGUCCACCAGCUCUUCCAAACUUCCUGAAAGGACUGAGGAAACAAAAGCAGACAGUGGAGUCUUUCAUGGUUCUACUGAGUCAGAUAUCUCAAUCUUCUUCAAUUUUGGACCGUAUCCCGAUUUUAUUUACAAGUCUUGACGAAUUUGAGCAGCUAUGGAUCGCUUUUCAGCGUGAACAGAUGGCCAUGGGUCUGAUAAUGCAGGAACUCUUAAAUGAGUCAAAAGCGCUUCGGUCAGCUGCUGAGGAUUUCUCUGACAUUUUUCAUCUCAAAAUUAUUGGCAACUCUCGAAUGCGAGAUUUUUGCGAAGGUUCUAGAGAGGUGUUGGAAUUAUUUGAUAGGGCAUUUCUCCCGCUUUUCAAUAAGAUUAUGAUGUCUGACCCCGAGUCACCUGCAUAUCUACGAGCUAUUCACUUGCGCUUGCAGCACCUAGGCACGUACAUCUUUUCGAACCCGCCCAUGUUUCUUGAUAUGGAGUUGCUUCAGUCACAAACUCCAUUGUUCCGCGAAUAUCUCUCCCUGGCCGAGGUUCUCCUGCGCACAGCCAAGCGGCAAAGCAAGAACCCAGCUCAUCAGCUCUCGUUACAGUGCGUGUUGGCAAUGCAUUUGCUGAGUGUGGCCUUGCAUUGUCGUGACCCUUUAGUGCGAGAACAGGCUGUGUGGAUGCUUAGAGACUAUCCUGGCCAGGAUGGACUGUUCAACACUCAUGCCAUAUAUGCAAUAGCUGUGAAAAACCGCACUGUGGAGAGCAAGAACGCAAGUGAAGGAACGCCUGAAGAGCAGUUGCGACGGCUGUGGCGCCGGGAAUAUAUUUUUGAAAACGGUGGCGAUCUAGUUGUCUUCCGUUAUAUGGAUAAAGAUGAUGUUGAAAAGACAUGGCACCUGGUGGAGGAAGUAGCUGAUGCUCAAAGUGAUAUUGAGAGCAUGAAUUGGAAGCGGCGUGAACCCUCAGCAUGCGUGGUGCCACUCAUAUUUGAUCUUUACUCUACUUGA